GCAACAGUGAGGAGAUUUCGGGACAGCUCGAGUCUCGUGCGUGUGUGUGCGUGUGUGUGUGCGCGCACGUGGGUCUGAGUGCAGGUUCGGUGUCGCGCGCUGCUGUGUGCCCGCAGCUGUGCGAGAUGCCGCAGUGAGUCCUGUGGUGCAAGACCAGUGAAGCGCGAGGCUGUGGGUGAAUGAAGAUAAUGGGGUCGGAGACGGAGACUCCGGGGCAGAGCGCGAGCAAACCGGCGUUGAAGUGCGCGUGUCAGAGUCGCUGCGGCAGCGGGGGAAACUGGAGUGCGUUCGCGGGGUUGUUUGCGCUGUCGCUCGCGCUGCACCUCGUCACGCUCGCGUGUUACGUGGAACUUCGCUCCGAGGUGGAGCGCGAGAUCCGGAUCCAGAAAAGCGGCAGCGGCGCUGAAGCUCCACCGGUCCCCGCGCGAGGAGGCGCAGGAGAUGCGCGCGAGCAGAUCAGAGUGGAGAGAGAGACAGCAGAGAGAAUCAUCCUGCGCUCCAAACGCUCAGAACCAACAGGAAAUGGAAAAAGAAAAGGAGAGAGGAAAGGAGAGAGGAAGGGGGAGAGGAAGGGGGAGAGGAAGAAAGGUAAAAAAGGUCCACCUGGUGCUCCAGGACCUCCAGGACCUCCUGGCCCUCAGGGGCCCCCAGGCAUACCAGGAAUCCCAGGAAUUCCAGGAAGCAAUGCAAUGGGACCACCUGGACCACCAGGACCUGCUGGACCUCCUGGACCUCAGGGACCACCUGGAGCUCAGGGAACACCAGGUGGAGGUGAGAGAAGCAGGUUCAGAGAAACGCAGCCAGCUGUGGCACACCUACAGGGUCAGGAGACAACCAUCCAGGUGAAAGAAGAUCUCUCUGAAGGCGUCCUGAAGAACUGGAAGACGAUCGCGAUGCACCAGCGUGUGUUUAAGAUGCACUCACGCUCCGGAGAGCUGGAGGUUCUGCAGGACGGGAUGUACUUCAUCUAUAGUCAGGUAGAAGUGUACUUCCUGAACUUCACGGACAUCGCGAGUUAUGAGGUGAUGAUUGAUAAAGAUCCGUUCCUCCGGUGCACACGCAGCAUCGAGACCGGACAGCGCAAGUUUAACACGUGCUACACAGCUGGUGUGUGUUGGCUUCGAGCCAGACAGAGGAUCUCUAUCCGCAUGGUGUACGACGACACCUCUAUCUCCAUGACCAACCACACCACGUUCCUCGGGAGCAUCCGCCUCGGAGAAGCCCCACCCGCUGGGCACAGCUGAGCCAAUAGGAUUGGGGAAACUGGUGCUUAGCUCCCAGUUUUCAUCCUUAAAAAACAAACUGGCUCAUAGACUCUGCCCAUAACAACACAUCAACUCAAACUCAAACUUAAUCCUGUAUAAAAUAAAUCCUCACUCUGAAACUCCGCCCACCGGAUACACCUGUCAAUCAGGCCAGUGACUCCGCCCACUGAAAACUGUCACUCAGCUUAAAUGAACUAAUAGAAGCGAUUGAAUGUUAAACUCACCAAAAAUCACAAAAGCCCCGCCCCUUUUAUUAUUCCUAAUCUACUAACUGAGACUCCGCCUACUUUAUCAACUGCCAAUAAUGACAUACGUUUGUAUUUAACUCUAAGGUGGAUCCACUUCUGUCUAUCACAUGACCAACUAUCACAUCAUUCAGAACAAUCAGCGAUAAAGGUCACAUGAUCGAGCUCAGCCUAUCAGCCUGCUACAGAUCCUCCCUGAGAAUGAGGAGUGAGAGAGAGACAGAGAGAGAGAGUGUGAGAGAGAGAGAGGGGGAAAUUCUCAACAGAGAUGUUUUAUUACAAAAAAUUUAAUGACAUAAAAUACACACACACACACACACACACACACACACACACACACAAUAGAAUUAGAAUAAUGUUAAACAUCUAAUUAUAAUUUUAAAGGGAGAACAUUUGAAUUAUAUGCAAACAGACUUGCAUAUAAUUAAAUCAAUUUAAUUCAGUUUUAUUUGUAACAGGUUUUUAACCAUUUUCUUAAAGCAGCUUUAUAAAGAUAAAAGGUUUUAAAGUCAACAUCACAUUCUACAGUUUAUAAUUUUAUCACAUUCAUAUAUUUUAUUUUAUUGAGUGAACAGAAUUACGGUAUCACACUUCAUUAUAUUAUCAACUUUAUAAAUUAAAUACCCUCAAUCUCUAGCCCACUGGACGUGUGUGUGUGUGUGUGUGUGUGUGUGUGUGUGUGUGUGUGUGUGUGUGUGUGUGCUCACUGUGACACUCAUCAUACAACGUUUGAUGUGUGUAUUGUGUAACUCAGGAGUGUGUGUGUGUGUGUGUGUGUGUGUGUUUAUCGUGUUUAUGUACAUUUGUAAACUACACAAUCAGUGUAAAUAUGUAGAUACACGAUUUCUCCAUUUGUUCUGUUUCUGUAAAGUUUUGUAUUAAAGAUUUUCUCGUGCA